GUAGACAUGACAUAUAACGAGAAUUUCCGAGUCGAGUUCGCUCUGCGUCAUUAGAUUUGCCUCCUUUUCUGUAACAUCACCAAUUUUCAGACAUCAUGGCAGAAUCCAAUACGAAGGAGAGUGCAAAGCCUGCAGUAGUCUGCGUAUUCUGUGGUGCCUGUGCAGGUUACGAUGCAGUUCACAUGGAAGCUGCACGGGCUUUGGCAGCGGAAUUCCACAAGAACAACGUCCACCUUGUGUAUGGUGGAGGCACCGUCGGCCUGAUGGGCGAGCUUGCCAAAACCCUGGUUUCGCUCUCGGGACCUGACGCUGUUCAUGGCGUAAUUCCCCGAGCUCUCGUCAGGGUUGAGGAGGGCUACGAAGGAAAGGAGACACAAACAGCUGCCGAUGGUCCAAAAGGAGAGAAGAAGGUGGAACGCAUUGUCGAAAACGGGUCUGAAUCAGCUUCUUUCGAAUUUGGCAUGAUUACCAUCGUCCCGGAUAUGCAUACUCGCAAGCGCCUCAUGGCUACAAAGGUGCUUGAAGGCGGCCCGGGGUCUGGAUUCAUCGCCCUGCCCGGCGGAUUCGGGACAUUGGAGGAGGUAAUGGAGAUGACGACUUGGAAUCAGCUUGGCAUUCACCGUGUGGGAAUAGUUCUGUUGAAUAUCAACGGCUACUGGGAUGCUAUUUCUGCUUGGAUCCAAAAGGCAGUCAAGGAAGGGUUUCUCUCCGAGAGCAACGCCGGUAUCAUGGUCGAUACAAGCAAAGUCUCAGAGGCUCUAGGAAAGCUGAGAGAAUACCAGGUCAGCAGAGAAAGGCUUGAAUUGUCAUGGAACGACGAAUGAGAUAGGCAGGCCGUGUAAUGAAAAGGGGGAUGAGAGGAGGAUGAUCUUGAUCUAAGAUUGAGACUGGAUUAGUGGAAGAUGAAAUUGAAGGAGGGUGGGUUGGUGUUGGUGUCUGUACUUUUAGAAAUUUCCACUCAAUCGGUAGAAUAAAUCAGUGUGAGAUAAAUGGUUUAAUUUAUUGCAAACCAUUUACUUCCUGUUCAUGUCUAUACCAGCAAAGGAC